CAUUGUCGACUGCUUUCAGGAUGGAGUUGAGACGUGAGCUUGACUCUGAAAGCUUGGUGUGUUUGUGGAGAGGGGUAGGUGUUCGUUUGUUGAGAGCCGGUGUCCUGUGUCCUAUUCUAGCCUCGACUUUUUUAUUUCCUGGAGAAAAAGCUAUACCUCCUCCCCUCUCCACUCACUUUAGGGGAGGGGAGCAUUUGUCAAGCUUAGUGUCAGUGACCUGUGCGAGGUUCAGAAUUUGGAAGAACAGAUCCUGCGAUGGCUUUGAGUCUAAGGAGGCCUUGUCGAGGAGCAGCUCAGCUUUUGUAUGGUCAAGAUGGUCCUCCCUAGCAAAGGGGAGAGAUCCAUUAUUCCACUGAAAUAGCUGUGAGCUCUCCUGUAUCCUGGGCCCCAUUCUGUCUAUGGUUUCGUUGGAAGUUGUGAGGCUCUUAUAGAAUAAAUGUUAUCAGACAGUCCUCUUCUUGGUAGGACCCUAGUAAGGCUCUCUAAUCCAUUUCUUUGUCUUUGGGAAGACUAAUAAUUUCAGAGGUGGCUUAAGUACAUGAAAAGCAUAUAAGGAGAGCAGAAACAAGAGAGUUGGAGAAGUGCCCUAGGCAGCAUUUCGUCCAUUGUGUGCAUGUUGCCAUGAGUCUGGGCGACUGGAUGGCAGCUGACAGCAACAACUCUGAAGGAUAAGAAGUAUGCUCUUUUUGGUGAGAUACAACUUUCCCACUGAUUCCAUAGGUUAUUGUGAAGAAGUUUCUGUGCCUGGCCUGCACUCAGCUCUAAUCUGGUAUCUUGCCGGAGUGUUCAGAUGUCCUUUACAUUUAGGGAAUUUAAUGCUUCAGUUGUAACAUUCAUACACUCUUUUGAUGAGAAAACUAGGAAUGGAGUAGCAUUUGGAUUAUUACAGUUUAGCCAAAGAAUGUCCUUUCUCUAAAAUUUGUCUUUUGAAGGGGAGGGAAUUACUCUGGUCUGUUUUAGACUUAUAGCCUGGUGUUUAAAAAGACUGACACUCUCUAGGGUACUCAGUGUGGAAUGAAUGGAUGCUAGAGUGAAUGAAUGGAAAGUAGGAGCAUUGUUUCAUUUACCUGUAAUAUCGCAGUAGUUCAUCAGCACCAGGACUUGUUGUGUGACUACACACUAGAAAUCAUACCACUGGGGAAAGGAGGCUGCUGCUCCAUUCCAGUGGGGUUAUCUGAAGUUGAAAUUUAUACCCUCUUGGUAGUGACAAAGCGUGGGGUUCAGAGUAACAAAAUCUUUGCUCUGAGGAGGUAAUCUGGAUACUGGCUGGGGCAGAAAAUUACUAAGAUCCUGUAGUGUGGGAGUGAUUCCUGAUAAAGUCAUUCCCUUUUGUCUCUACUUCCUACCCCCAAAUAGUUGCUUUCUUUUUAGAAAGUUGGUUUUGACUGAAUUCCUUUCUUCUCUCUCAUCUAAUAGGUGACACUGAGUUGGGGAUGCUCUCAUAAUGAACGUCAACCAGUCAGCUCCUCCUGUGCCGCCAUAUGGGCAGCCCCAGCCUGUCUACCCAGGUUAUCAUCAAUCCAGCUAUGGUGGGCAACCAGGGUCUGCAGUCCCCCCUACCCCCUAUGGAACCUCCUACAAUGGCCCGGUACCAGGCUAUCAGCAGACACCUCCCCCAGGUGUGUCGAGAGCCCCACCUUCCUCAGGGCCACCUCCAGUCUCAACAGCACAGGCCCCUGGUGGUCAGGCUGCAUAUGGCCAGUUUGGCCAGGGAGAUGUGCAGAAUGGGCCGAGCUCCACUGUUCAGAUGCAGAGACACCCUGGAUUGCAGCCAUUUGGGUCAGCCCCGUUGGCCCCUGUGGUCAGCCAGCCAGCUGUGCUUCAGCCCUACGGCCCUCCCCCGACAAGUACACAGGUGACUGCUCAGCUGGCAGGAAUGCAGAUCAGUGGUGCUGCGGCCCCAACUCUUCCCCCUGCAGGGCUGGGCUAUGGCCCACCAGCCUCACUGGCCUCAGCCUCAGGAAGUUUCCCUAACUCUGGUCUGUAUGGUUCCUAUCCUCAGGGCCAGGCUCCUCCCCUUAGCCUGGCCCAAGGUCAUCCUGGGGCUCAGCCUCCCCAGCGAUUUGCCCCGCCACAGGCUUCCAGCUUCACACCUCCAGCUUCGGGAGGGCCUCAGAUGCCUUCGAUGACUGGUCCGCUCCUGCCUGGACAGGGUUUUGGGGGGCCGCCUGUGAGCCAGCCUAACCACGUGUCCUCACCUCCUCCUCCUCAAGCUCUGCCUCCUGGCACCCAGAUGACUGGGCCCCCAGGACCACCGCCACCUAUGCACUCCUCCCAGCCAGGCUAUCAGCUGCAACAAAAUGGUUCCUUUGGACCAGUCCGAGGCCCUCAGCCCAACUAUGGAAGCCCCUACCCUGGAGCACCCGCCUUUGGCAGCCAGCCAGGGUCUCCCCAACCACUGCCUCCUAAGCGCCUGGAUCCUGAUGCCAUCCCAAGCCCUAUUCAGGUCAUUGAGGAUGACAGGAACAACCGGGGUUCAGAGCCAUUUGUUACUGGAGUACGGGGCCAGGUGCCACCUUUAGUCACCACCAACUUUCUGGUGAAAGACCAAGGGAAUGCAAGUCCCCGAUACAUCCGAUGCACAGCCUAUAGUAUCCCUUGCACAUCUGACAUGGCUAAGCAGGCUCAGGUGCCCCUGGCAGCUGUCAUCAAGCCUCUGGCAAGGCUGCCCCCAGAGGAGGCUUCACCGUAUGUCGUGGACCAUGGGGAAUCUGGCCCUUUGCGCUGCAAUCGCUGCAAAGCAUACAUGUGUUCCUUCAUGCAGUUCAUCGAGGGAGGGAGGCGCUUCCAGUGCUGCUUUUGCAGCUGUAUCAAUGAUGUUCCCCCCCAGUAUUUUCAACAUCUGGAUCAUACCGGCAAACGCGUGGAUGCUUAUGACCGUCCUGAGCUAUCUCUGGGCUCUUAUGAAUUCCUGGCCACUGUAGAUUACUGCAAGAAUAACAAGUUCCCCAGCCCUCCUGCCUUCAUCUUCAUGAUUGACGUCUCCUACGAUGCCAUCAGGAGUGGUCUUGUUAGGCUCCUCUGUGAGGAGCUCAAGUCACUGUUAGAGUUUCUACCUAGGGAGGGCGGGGCAGAAGAAUCUGCAAUCCGUGUUGGAUUUGUCACCUAUAAUAAGGUGCUCCACUUCUACAAUGUGAAGAGCUCACUGGCUCAGCCACAGAUGAUGGUUGUAUCUGAUGUGGCUGACAUGUUUGUGCCACUGCUGGAUGGCUUCCUGGUCAAUGUCAACGAGUCCCGGACAGUCAUCACCAGUUUAUUGGAUCAGAUUCCAGAAAUGUUUGCAGACACAAGGGAGACGGACACAGUAUUUGCCCCAGUUAUCCAGGCUGGGAUGGAGGCUCUGAAGGCUGCUGAAUGUGCAGGGAAGCUGUUUCUGUUCCACACAUCCCUGCCCAUUGCAGAGGCACCAGGAAAACUGAAGAACAGGGAUGACAGGAAGUUGAUCAACACAGACAAGGAGAAGACUCUGUUCCAACCUCAGACAGGUGUCUAUCAGACCCUGGCCAAAGAGUGUGUGGCCCAAGGCUGCUGUGUAGACCUCUUCCUCUUCCCUAACAAGUAUAUGGAUGUGGCAACGCUCUCUGUGGUGCCCCAGCUCACUGGUGGCUCUGUCUACAAAUAUGCUUGCUUUCAGGUGGAGAAUGACCAGGAACGGUUUCUGAGUGACCUGCGUCGGGAUGUACAGAAGGUUGUUGGCUUUGAUGCUGUGAUGCGGGUCCGGACGAGCACCGGUAUCCGUGCUGUAGAUUUCUUUGGAGCUUUCUACAUGAGCAACACAACAGAUGUGGAGCUGGCUGGGCUUGAUGUGGACAAGACGGUGACUGUGGAGUUCAAGCAUGAUGAUCGGCUUAAUGAGGAGAGCGGAGCCCUUCUGCAGUGUGCCCUGCUCUACACCAGCUGUGCAGGGCAGCGUCGGCUCCGCAUCCACAACCUGGCCCUGAACUGCUGCACCCAGCUGGCUGAUCUGUAUCGAAACUGUGAGACUGACACGCUCAUCAACUACAUGGCCAAGUUUGCAUACCGGGCGGUCCUGAACAGCCCUGUGAAGACUGUUCGUGACACUCUCAUCACCCAGUGUGCCCAGAUCCUGGCCUGUUACCGAAAGAACUGUGCCAGCCCUUCCUCUGCAGGACAGUUGAUCCUUCCUGAGUGCAUGAAGCUACUCCCAGUUUACCUGAACUGUGUGUUGAAGAGUGAUGUUCUGCAGCCUGGAGCUGAAGUCACCACUGAUGACCGUGCCUAUGUCCGACAGCUGGUUACCUCCAUGGAUGUGGCAGAGACCAACGUCUUCUUCUACCCUCGGCUCCUACCGUUGACAAAGUCUCCCAUUGCGAAUACCACCGAACCACCAGCAGUUCGAGCAUCUGAAGAGCGUCUUUGCAACGGGGAUAUAUAUUUGCUGGAGAAUGGGCUCAACCUUUUCCUCUGGGUGGGAGCAAGUGUCCAGCAGGGUGUUGUCCAGAACCUCUUCAGCGUCUUCUCCUUCAGUCAUAUCACCAGUGGCUUGAGUGUUCUGCCAGUUCUGGAUAAUCCACUGUCUAAGAAGGUGCGAGGCCUCAUUGAUAGCUUAAGAGCGCAGAGAUCGCGGUACAUGAAGCUUAUCGUGGUGAAACAGGAGGACAAGCUGGAGAUGCUGUUCAAACACUUCCUUGUAGAAGACAAGAGCCUGAGUGGGGGAGCAUCCUAUGUGGACUUUCUCUGUCAUAUGCACAAGGAGAUUCGGCAGCUGCUGAGCUAGACCAAGUGGGUAAAUGGCAUAGGGUCCCAGGCCAGCUUCCAGAAAGUACCCAAGACGGCAGAGAAAUUGGGAUAGUUCCAUAUCUUAUGUCAUGUAAGCUGAAGCCACCUCAGUCUCUUUGGGGGGAGGGGGAGGUAUAAGGAGACACCUUCUUGGGCUCAAGUAUCCUACCACUCUGUCAUGUCCUGCUGCUGGAAGGUGCCCACACCUCCUCACUCCACCCUUUUCCUGCUAUUCCUGUUGUAAUGAAUGUAGUUUCUCAGUUAACUGUAUAUGAUUCGGUGUUGGGGGUUUGGAGGUACCCAGACCUUGGCAAUAUGUGUCCCAGAGGGCAGGUAGGAAGGAGUGAGGAUCCCAGGGUUACUACAGGUGAGGGCAAAUUCAUCUCCGUGUCAUCAGCAACUUCCUAUAUUAGGGAUAAAAAUAUACAGGUGCACAAGAGCUCGGAUAUAGACCAUAGGUGGUAGAGAGAAAAGUGGUUGGUCCUUCCUGGGCCUGGAGGUCAGCAGCCAAGUCGGAGUUACUGAGGGUGGUUGAUUAGCUUUCUCUCUGUGCUUCCACUGCUCUCUCUCCUGCAACGAUUGGUGAUCACUCCGUGGUACUGUCAGAGAUGAAUGAGCCUGGGAACUGAGUUGCAAGGUAUAUUAAGACCUAGGAGAGGUCCCAACACUGGAUGAUUCUGUAGGGAGCCUGGUCAUCAAUUUGCAAUACCUCACAGAGCCAGCCCACAUCCCACUCUGAGCUUCCACUGGAAAAAUUCACUGCCUCUCCAAGCUGGGAGUUGCUGGGGAGAGAGGCAGAAGCAAGCUGGAGCUCUGUUCUGUCCUGCCCGGACACCACCCGGAUUUGGUAUUGACAGAGUGCCUGACAGUUUAUCUUCCAACCCCAACUGGCUGGGGCAGGACAAGGGCUAGGCUGGAGGUGGCUGGACUUGCCUGCUCCCAGCCUGGGAUGCCCCUGCUCUGGACCUCUCAUUUCUCUUCAUUGGUUUAUUUUUCAAUGCAUCUUUAAUUUGUAAAGAAAUAAAAUAAAUUAAGAUGUAACCAGUAGUCUCAUCUUUAGUCUGGCGCCGGUUUGCUUUCCCUUAUGCAUUCCCUGCCAGA